CAUAGUAACAAGAAGAUCUUAUAACAAGAGGCUUCCCUUUCAAAGAGAAAAUCAACACCUUCUUGAGCGAAAUGGAUGACUUGAAUGUAUUUGCGAAUGAAGACAAUCAAGUGAAUGGUGUGAAGCCCACACCUCCACCGCAAGUAUGUGCAAGGUGUGAUUCUGAUAACACCAAGUUUUGUUAUUACAACAACUACAGUUUGCUUCAACCGCGCUACUUCUGCAAGAACUGUCGUAGAUACUGGACUCAUGGUGGGACUUUAAGGAACGUACCAAUUGGUGGAAAAAACAAUGAUUUUGUUGGAUCUUUUGGUGCUUCAUCUUCUGCUGCUGCUGUUGGGAACCGUUUCGGUUCUUUGUCUGAUAUUCAUGGUGGUAUGGUAACAAAUGUGCACCCAACUCGAACUUUCCGACCAAAUCAUCGCUUAGCUUACCCUGAUGGAUCAUUUGAGCAAGAUUAUUACGACGUCGGAUCCGAUAAUCUUAUGGUCAACCAACAAGUUGGUGGAUAUGUUGAUAAUCUCAACGGUUAUUACAUGAAUCAAGUGGAGCAACUACCAUUGGAACCAGAGCUUCAACAACACUAUGAACAUGAAUCACAAUAACGCCAGCACUAGUGGAAGUAGCAUUGUAUCUGACAUGAACGUGAACAACGAUAACAACAAGUACAGAUACCUCAACUCUGUGAUUAUGCAUCCUUGUCACUUGGAGAAGGAUGGUCCUUGAAUCUUAACCGUAUUACCUGUUUUUCUUUUUCUAAUAAAAUAAGUCAAUGUGU